AUAGAUCUCUGAACCUAAAAAAAAGAAAAGAAAAAGGAUUAAAUCGUUAGAUGAUCGUUCUAAAAAAAAGGAUUACUACAAGAGAAAAAAAAAAAGUGUAUUGUUUUAUAAUUAUUUUCUACGUGUGGAUGAUAUAAUUAAUCGAUGAUAAGGUGACAAAUUUUAAAGAAAAAUGUCUGGAAAAUCUUGAUCUUAUUGAUUGAACCGAUUUGAAAAGACCACUUUUAAGGAAAGAUAUUUAAAAUAAAUGGAGGGAGGAGAUGAAAUUGAAGUAUUAUUGCCUUGUGCAAUUUGCGGAAGAACAUUCAUGCCACGUUCUUUAGAAAAACAUUUUAAAAUAUGCGAACGAGGUGCAAUAAAAAAACGUAAACCAUUCGAUUCGGCCAAGCAAAGAAUUCAGGGAACCGAUCUCGCGGAAUUUCUUCCUCGACAGGAAAAGAAAAGAUAUUCUAAUGACGAAAAACGCAAAUCAUGUUGGAAAGAAACGCACGAUGAUUUUUUACGAACUAUUAGGGCAGCACGAAAUGAAACGGCAAGCAUGGUAAUCAAUCAAAGGCAAUCGAUUUCCCACGCGUCUUCCGGUGCACCAACAAGAGCAAAUGAAAAAGGAAUGUGUCCAACUUGUGGUCGUCAAUUUGGAAUAAAGGCAUACGAUCGACACGUAGCUUGGUGUAAGGAAAGAUCAACGAGAUUACCAAUAAGUCCAGCCACUAAGAACAUUGCCAAGGAACGUUUAGAGGCACGAAUGAAGUAUCGUGCACCGGCCUUGAAAAAUCGUCGACAAAGUAAUCGUGAUAAAUAUUCUCAAAGUUGUACAACUGUUAAUAAAACACCUAACAAAGUUAGAGAAAUUGUUUCCGUACCUGAACACAAUACUCGUGAGAAAAUCAAAGAAAAUUUAUCCGAUACGCAAAGGCCAAGUACAACUGGCAGAGGGGAACAAUUAAAUAAUAAAGAAACUAUUUACCAAUUAGGAAAAACAAAAGAGACGACAAUUAAACGUAAUCCUACAGAUAGGAGUUCGAAUUCAUCUAAUCGUCCUCUAUGGAGUAAUUACAUUCGCAGACGACCGGAUUUUAAUCUCGUGCUUAGGUGUAGAAUUGGUGGUGAUACCUGCAAGGAAUACGAUCCUUUUCUAUUAGCAGAACGACAAAUGAACGAUUUAUUAUCGGAUUCAAGUGAUUUAUCCUUGACGGAAAUUCCUUCAACAUCUUCUAACAAAUCACAUUCAUUUCCUCUUUCACAUUCAUCCGCUUUCGUUAAAUAUCCUUCUUAUCAAUCUAAAACAAUAAAUCAUUUAGAAAAAUCCAUUACCAACGAGUAUGACGAAUUAACGUCGGACUUUUCUAGCGAUUCUACGGAAACUAAUUCGAUAUCGCAGGAAUUAUUUAUUCAAGAAGAAUUAAACGAUAAAAAACAAUUAAAUGAUCGUGAAAAUAAAAUGAUGAACAAAGAAUUAGCUCGUAGAAUGAUCCUCGAUGAACCAUCCAUUGCAUUGGGAAAUGAUAUUGAUCAUCGUGAUAAAUCUAUUAGUAUAAAUCAUCAUCAUCAUCAUCGUCAUCAACAACAACAACAACAAUAUAAAAAUGAUAUUUCUAAUAAAAUAUUGGACAAAGGGGGGGGAGGAGGAUCGUCAACGAAAAUCUCAAAAUCACAAUUUAAUAAAUCGCAAAACGUUCGCGCAUAUUCAGCACCUAAAUCUAUUUAUCAAAGAAAAAUAAAACAUUGUAAUGUUAAAGAUAAUGACAAUAAAUCAAUGGUUGUUGUUAAAUUAGAUAAUAAUAAUAUUGAAAAUGAUUAUUUAACAUAUUCUAAUAGCGACGAUCUUCAUUCAAUCGUAUCAUCUUCAUCAUCCGAAAUAGAUAUGAUGAAACGUUCGAAUUCAGUUUUCGAUCAAUUGAUAAAUUCAUUAGACGAUGAUGAUAUCGUUGGUAAUGAUUCUUUCCCUUCCUUGAGGUCCCUCCUUAGAAAUGAAUCCUUGAGAACUUCUUCGUCCAACCAUGGUACAACUGUUGUUCAUGACGAUAACAAUCAAUUUAAUAAUGGACAAAUCAGUGACGAGGAAUUUUCAUCUACGGACAACUACAAACAACAAGAAAAUAAAAUUAAUGCCGAUUCCGCAUACAGCAGUUUAAAUCGGAAAUAUUCGAACCACCACGGUGGACGUAGCAACAGCAGCAGCAACACAGGCGGCGGCAACAACGAAACGACGAAUCUUAUGGGAGAUAAUCUUAUGGUGUCGAGGAAUAUACGUCGAGAAAAUAAUCAAUCGGCAAUUUCUAAAACGAAAUGUAGGAUGUCGAGAUUUUGUCACGAGUGUGGAUCAAGAUUUCCCGAGACUGCCAAGUAUUGUUGCCAAUGUGGUAUCAAGAGGCUCGCACUUUGAUUAUUUUCUUAUCCUUUUUUCCCUUUUUUUUCUUUUUUAAUUUAUUUUUUCUUUCUUUUCUUUUUUUUUUAAACUCGACGAAUCGUUCAUUACGAAGAUAUUAAGAAACAAAUAUAAUAAUUAAUUAAUUAAUUAAUUAAUUAACGUUUCUAUAUUGUCAAAACUAUACUUGCAAUACAAAUAUGUGACUUAUGCGAUUUAAUCAAGUGUCCUUUAUUAUUAUUAUUAGUAGUAUUAUUAUUAUUAUCAUCGUCAUCAU